CCUCCCCCUCCGCCUGCAAUUCCUUCCCCCGCCUCCACCUGCCUUCUCCUAUGGCUUCUAAGCUUGACCUGUCGCCGACGGACGGGGUGCCGGAGGACAGCCCCCUCCCCGCAUCAUCCGACGACCGGGUCGCUCUGCAGGAGAACAACGACGCGAUUGGGUCGACUUCCGGGCCUGGACGUUCGACGGCCGCACACCACGGCGCGCUUCUACCUCCUGCUCCUGCAGGCGGUGGUUUCAGCGGCGGCCAUCAGGCGGGGGCAGCGACGACGCGGCCUGGAGGCCUCACCACGAGGGCACCCGGGGACGACGCCCUGUCACUUGAAGGCACGGAGGCGCAUCAAAGUCAGGCGAGCACCGCGUGCACGUCCUAUCACCCGUCCCCGGCGAGUGAUGCCAUCCCCACCCUCAAUCCCCAACUGGAGAAGAAGAUGACCACGGUCGCCGCCGACUCAGACCGCGCGCCCGUCCCCCGUCGUCCCCGGCACUGGCGAUCGAGCCACGGAGGUGGCGCAGCGGCAAUGUCAGGCGAGCACCAAGUGUACCUCCUAUCACCCGUCCCCGGCAACUCAGCGCGCGCGCCCGUCGUCCCCACCACUGGCGAUCGAGCAUCAAGCAGCACGGCGAGGCAGGAUGCAGUUCCGACAGCUGAAGAUCACAAAAGGCCCAAGCGCAAACGAAGCUCAGAUAGAAAACCAUGGAUCCGUUGUCUGCCAGAUGACCUGGUCGAGAAGAUGCUAGUUCAUCACACGAUGCAGACUGACUUGAAUAACGUCAUGGCAUCAUCUUUCUUCUUUUUGAGAGUGGCACUCUUGCCCUGUCCCUGCCAUAAUCUUGGACGACAACCUCGACUUGUCGCUGCUUUGGUGCAGACAAAGAGAGGUUUGCUUAAAGUCGCAGCUCGAGACGGGCCACGCUUAAGAUGGCUGGAGCCCGCGGCCAACAUGCUGAACAAGUUCCUUCAUCUCGUGUACCACUCACGUGGAUGGGUAAGACCCGUCGACUGUCGAGAAGGGACAGUUGCAGUUAUCAGGGACAGACAAGGAAGGGUUGUUGAGCUCCUGAGACCCUUCCAGGGUCAGAAGAUUACUACACUACCUGAGGCUCCUUGCCACAAUGCGGAUGAACUGCUCACUGGUGGGCUGGUUCCAGGGGAGGCUGGCGCAUUCAAGUUCUUCCUUGUCUUCAGAGGCAUAGGACAGAUCGAACAGCUGUCUCUGAAGACAUUCAGUUCCGUUACAGGACUCUGGGAGGUUAAGCAGAUGGGCUCCCCAUUUAUCCUCUCCAGAACAUUGGCACACAGGGCAGUGUUUGCAUCAGGGAGGCAUUACAUCCUUGAUCACCAGAAUAUGAAGCUACUGGUUGUGGACAUCGAGAGCCAUAGGACAGAUGUUAUUGUGCUACCCGUGGAAAGGGUCCAGAACAAGCUGUGCGAUGAUAACAAUACACUUGCUGUCUCUAGAGGGGGGGGAGCUCUACUGGGUUGUGCUUAAUGGAUUCUUCAUAACCUUCUUUGCCUUGAGUGGUUCGGAGUGGGUCCCAAGAUGGAAGACAAUGAUACCGGACCAUGUCCCUAGCAACACUUGUCCAGUCCAGCUUGUUGGGGAUGCUGCGAGCAGUGGGGUCGUUCUUAUGAGGUGCUCCCGCAAGGUUUUCGCCAUCGACGUUGAGGACGGCGGUCUGGUGAAGUUCAAGGACUGUCUGGAUAAAAGCGACACUUUUUUCUCAUUCGAGGUGAUUCGUCACGUCAUUGCCGACCACGUGCGUCGGAUGUAAAACUCUGCUUUUGGGCUGAACUUGAGUUACUGUGUUGUCACCUCUGAACCAACACAAAUUUGUAGGAGUUCUAUGUUGCUGAUACGCAUGUAACUCGGCUCUUGCUGAAAUUCAGCUACUGUGGUUCCAACCAAUUGUGUACAGUAUAUUGCAGUAUGUAGUGUACUAUAUC